AUGCCGUUACCGAAAGGGAGUGACGGACGUGCCGGCCGUCCACCUAACCGGCCGAGCAUGAAAAUUCUCCUUCCGUCAGACUCGUUCGUGUUGAAACGUGCUGCGGCGGCAGCUGCCGCUGCAGCAGCUGCUGCGGCCGAGGCAGUUGAUACUCAUCUGGAAGUUCCCCCAGAGUUCGUAUGUCCGCUGUCGUUACAACUCAUGUCCGACCCAGCGAUCGUUGCAUCUGGUCAGACGUACGAACGGGCCGCCAUCCAGCGAUGGUUCGACGAAGGUCACACGACCUGCCCAAAAACUGGCGAUCGGCUAGAGCAUACGCAUCUUCUAUCGAACCAGGCUUUAAGAGAUUUGAUUUCUUCUUGGUGUGACAGAAACGGGGUCACACCCGGUUUAGUCACUACUCUGGUCCCCGGAGCAGAUUUCGGGCCAUCGUCUGCCGGAAUUCCCGCAAGGCGCACUAGCAGCGCCAGUGGCGCGCGGAACGGCGAGAGGCCUGUGUUGCGCUCUCCCCGGGGGCGUGGGGGCGGAAGCGCAAGCGCAACUCCCACCGGCAGAGGCGGAGCGCGGAUUCCCCAGUCGCCUAGAAACCCGCCGUUUGAUCUCCGCUCCCGCACCCCUCCGCCAGGAAGUUUUACCGGGUUUGGGCGGGGUGGCGGAGCGGAAGGGGUGGGGGGAGUGUUGCGCGUGUCUAGCGCAGGGGAAGGCGUAGGCACAGUUUCAUGGAUGGAGGCUGCGCCCAGUUGGCGGAAGGGGCAGGGGGGAACGGAGUUGGGCGGAAUAGCGGGUCAGGGGAACGUGCGCCUAGGCGGGUUCGGGGGAGCCGGAGGGGAACUUGCGCGUAACCGUGAUGGGCGAGCGGGUUUGCGCAGAACGCACUCGGUGGAAUCGAAAACCGCGAUACUGGACAUGUUUUUAUCGGAUGACGGGGAGGACGAUAUCGAGGAUAGACUAAGACCCGCACCACAGCAGCAGCCGCUGCAGGGGCAUGGGACUUUCAGUUUCGACCAAUCAGGAGCGAGGGAUUUUGCUGGAGGAGGCAGGAGAACCGUAGGAUCUGAAUCUUGGAGUGCAUCCGACGACCGGGCUUUCGCGAACCUUCGGCAGCAGCAGCAGGGACAGAGCGGCGGCGGCGGCGGCCUUGCCCGGUCCGCCCUAAAGGGCAUGGCGCACGCGCUCUCCCCCAUGCGCGGAGGCCGCGCGGGGAACCUAAGGGCGGGAGCGGGGGGAGGCCCCGGGGGAGCUGCGGAGUUGAUAGGUCUCGCUAGCACAUACCCUCCUCGCGGCUCCUCUUCCGCUGCUACAGCUGGCACUGCUGCAGCAGGGGGUGCUACAGCCGCUACAGCCGGCGCUACUGCUGUAACUAGUCCCCCAGACUCAUCCGGGCAGGAGCGCACCUCCCGCCUCUUUCUGGGUCCCAUCAGCCCCGGCAGCAGCAGCGACAGCAGCAGCGGAUUCAGCAGCAGCGGGGGGGGAGGCCUGGAUUUCCCCAGCCCUAGGGUCCCAGGAGGGGGCGGAGGGGGAGGCGGAGGCGGAGGGGGGAGCGGAAGCAGCGGAUCUCUAGAGAUCAGAAGCCCACGGGGGAUCGUUUUUCUUGAUGCGCGGAGCCCCCGCGGUGGUGGCGGAGGGGGGGGCUUUGGGGAAGGGGGGAGGAGGGGGCGGGUGAGGGGAGGGGGGUCGGGGGGGAGUGGGGUGGGGCCUGGGUCGAAAGGGGUGGGCGCAGGGGCGGACGGGGGAAGGGGAGGGCUGGGGCGGAAGACUGGAAGCGCAGGGAACGUGCUGGGACUGUUGGAUGCGAUUAGAGGAGGGGCAGGGGGAGGGGCAGGGGCAGGGGGAGGCCCAGGGGGAGCGGGAGGGGGAGGGGGAGGCGGAGCAGCAGGGGGAGGAGGGGGAGGGGGAGCGGUGGGGGAGGCAAGUGGAGGGGGCAGAGGGGGAAGGGAACGCUGGCCCUUAAGCCCUCUAGGGGGGGCGGCGCAAGACUGGGGGAGGAAAAAGGAGCACCCGGAUUCUCCCCAGCGCUCUCGGCAGCAACAGCAGCAACAGCAGCAACAGCAGCAACAGCAGCAACAGCAGCAACAGCAGCAACAGCAGCAACAGCAGCAACAGCAGCAACAGCAGGAUUCUACUGGAGCAACAGCAGCCUCGAAAGCUUCUGCUGCUGCUGCUGGUGCUGCUGUCGCCUCAGACAGAUCAGAUACAGCAGAGAACUUUCUGGUAGAUGAGGUUCAGGAGUUGCUUGCAACUAUCCGCUCCUCUUCCUCUUCCACCUCCACUUCCUCCUCCUCCUCCUCCUCUCAAGCCAGCAAGCCGUCCUCGUCUUCUGACCGUCAGUUGAGAGAAGCUGUGUCGUCUCUUCGAUCGCUGCUCAGAAAGCAGCCUCCGGCGAAGGAAAUCGCGGUGGAGUGCGGUGGAGUGCGGCUCAUUGUGGAUCUGCUCUCUGUCUCUGAUGUGAAAAUGCAGGAGCACGCAGUUUCGUGCCUGCUGCUGGUGUCUCUGGUGAAAGGGGUAGCUGGUGAGAUUGCAGCGUGCAAUGGGGUGCAGCAGCUAGUGAAUCUUCUCCAAAGCGGCACUGUAGCUUCGAAAGAAGGCGCUGCAGCUGCGCUGUUCACUCUGUCGGUUAGCGAGUCGCUUCUUAAGGAGGUUCGGGAGAGCGGGGCGGUGCCGCUGCUGCUGGAUGUGCUUAAAACGGGGUCCACUAGAGGGAGGAAAGACUCUGCCCUCGUCCUAUUUAAUGUAUCGAGAGACCCAAAAGGGGCGUUGGAGUUGGUUGAAGCGGGGGCGGUGGAAGUGCUUUUAGAGGUGCUUGCUUAUAAAGAGUCGGGGCUUGAAGAGAAAGCAAUGGCAGUGCUGGCAAAUAUCUGCCGGUUGAAAGAAGGGCGGGCUAGACUUGUAGCAGCAGACGGAAAAGGCUGGACCAGCGGUGGUAGUAGUGGUGGGAGUGGCAAUGGUGGCAGUGGUGGCAGUGGUAGGAAUGGUGCUACUGGUGGUGGUGUGGGUGAUGCUGUUGCAGUACUGGUUGAUGUUGUUGCGAGUGGCUCGCCAAGGGCUCAAGAGGACGCUAUUAUGACCCUACUGCUGCUGGCUACUGGGGGCCAUUUGAGGGGAGGUGGCGAUGGGGAUAGUGGUGAUGUCGACGGGGAGGAGGACGGGGAGGGGUUGGGAAGGAGGAUGGUGGAGGAAGGGGUUUUGCCGGCUUUGGAGAAGUUGUUACGAAGUGAUGUUUGCUCGGGGAGAGCGAAGGCAAAAGCUCAAGCGCUGGUUGAUGUUUUGGAGGGUGCCGAUGACGCAAAUGGUUGA